CAAAUCAGGAUGUACACAGUAAGCGUUUCACGUUUUCAGGUUUUCUUCUACACUUAUAAUAUUCUUGUUUUCAAAUCGACCGGAAAUAUGUUACAGUUAUUUGGACUGUACGUAGUAAUACAUGGUAUCGACACCUUUGGUGUGUUUGUAUAUAUAUAUAUUGAGGUUGGGGAAAUGUUCUGAAACUAUAUAACAAAGGCACCUUCGUCAUAAGUUGAUUUGUUUUCAAGCAUUUUCGAUUCGUGUGUGCUAUUUGUAUGCUUAUUUUUUCACCUAUCAUUCUAUAACGUAAUGUACACCCCCUUUUUUUCUUAAGUAGCCAUCUUGACUGCCAUGAAUUUGCCUGUCUCUCUAAGCUGGCGGGAAUUUUCGCAGAGCCAUCACGUGCCGUAAUUUACAUGACACAACCCAGCUACGAGCUAGCACGACUCGAUCACACAAAUCAUAGGGGAAACAUACGUUAAAUCAACUCAGGUGAAAAGGGGGAUUUAAAUGAAACAAACCAUACGUGAUAUGACAGCGUUUUCUUCUCAAAUCACUUUCUAUUUUGCCGCGAACGCAGGGACAUUUAGAACGCUUCACUAGCUUUACACGGCUCAUAACCUCGGUGUAUCACCUGGUCUGACCACAUACUCGCAUACACUGCACACAUAAUACAGACCAGAAUCCCACAUACACACUACACUACAACUGAUCAAGCCGGAAUCCGUUACCUGGUAAACCACGGCGGAGUUCUUCGGGAUUGGAUGUUCUUCUGUCUGCGACUUUCAUCAACUCUUAUGAUCUUAAUGAUUCAUUGGAUGAUAUAGUAAUUUCGGCAGAAAAGGUACAAGCUCAUGAAAUGAGAAAAACAACAUCUGAGAUCCGUUUGUGUAUUGGACUCCGACUCCUUGGUUCAGGAUUAUGGCGGAAUCUACACUGAAAUUAGGAUGUGGUUAUUGUUCGACGGAAUUUACCUCGUUGAUAUAAUUAUCGCUCUCUUCCGCCAUAGUUUCCCAUACGUUCGGUCAGUUGUUCAUAUGGCUGAAUUGCAGCUGUUAUCGACCUGUAGAAGAAAUGCAGGGGUUUGUGUGAUGGACGGAUUUUCAUAUAUACUUUCAUUAUAUACUUCAACGCCCCGGAUUAUUACAGCUAGCCAUCAUACACACUAAUGGAAGGAGAUAUUAUGGAUCCUUUACGAGUUUAAAUAACGCCUUAUGUGAAUGUGGGAGAAGGCGUUACAACUAAGACACAGAGAACGUUGCUUGUGACAGGAACUAAAUACAAGUUGUUGGGAUCUAUUUACACACAAUGGCGUCAAAUUCCAGUUCGAGCAGGUUUCCGCUGAUGACGAUGUUGUUCAGUCUGUUUCUGAUACUCGGAAUAGCUCUGUACGUUGUGUUGUACCAAGGAACAACAGUGAUAAACUUGAAACCUCAUAUGCGUGCUAUAGGGAGUAUGUUUAUAGCACCGCCCCCUCCUAAACCAAAACCAGUGAAGCGUGUCACCUAUUAUAACAGACCACCGUGGAUAAGCCAACACGUGUUCGACACGUGUGACGACCGGUGCGAGAUGAUUUCGUCAUCAAACUAUAAAAAUAGUGACGCAGUUGUGUUCCAUGCUCCUGAUAUACAUAUGGGUACACCUUUGAGGAAAUACAGAGGACAGACCUGGGUGUUUCAUGCUAUGGAACCGCCGUUUCUCAUUCCAAGUUUCAAAAAUUGGAAACGGUUAUUCAACUGGACACUUAGCUACAGACGAGAUGCCGACCUUUUUAAUCCAUAUAGUACUUUUACACGUAGAAAAGACGUAGGGAAUAAGGAUACACAGCAUAUUAUUAGGUGGGAGAAUAAAACUAGGAAUCUUGGAUGGAUAGUUUCACAUUGUGGAAUUGAAAGUCAAAGACUAAAAUACGUAGAAAAACUUAAACAAACUAUUGAUGUUGAUGCAUUUGGCCGAUGCGGGAAGCUUCACUGCCCGAGAGGCCAAUGGCAAGAGUGUCUCGAAAGGUAUAAAUUCUAUGCAUCGUUUGAAAAUGCUCUAUGCAUAGACUACAUAACGGAAAAGAGCUUCCGGGUAUUCGAACGGAACGUAGAUUCAAUACCUGUUACCCGUGGUGCUCCUGACUAUUCUAUGUUCCUCCCCCCGGGAUCUUUCGUAAACACUAGAAACUUCUCAUCAAGUAGAAAUUUAGGUACAUUUUUAAAAAGGUUAUCAGAUGACAAACCUACUUUUAUGACAUAUUUUAAGUGGCGUCACUACUACAAAGCUGAAGAUCAGAUAGAUAGUAAGAUGGGGUUUUGUGAAUUAUGUAGGAGAUUACAUAAUCCUACACAGAAAUAUAGACGUCUGUAUGAGGAUAUUGAUGAGUGGUUAAGACAGGGAUCAUUACCUCGACGUUCUUGUAGACCUGUUAUAGACAUAAUAUAAUGUUGUUCUGGCCUUC